AUGGAAGGACUUCUUUCCUUUCAGCCCUUCCCCUCAUCCGUCAUUCAACGCCGUCUCUCUACCGUUUACCUCCAUAGUAGACUCUCCACAUCCUCCUCCUCCUCUUGUGCUCCUCUUCGUGCCCAACAGUCUGGAAUCACGGGAGGUUCUGAAAGUGUUUCUUCGGCAUUGGAAGGUAAAGUAAGCGAGCAAGAAGUUGGUAUGUACCAAGACGAAGUAGUUGCUAGUCAAGGUAUAAGGAUAAGGAGAAGACCACUUACUGGUCCUCCAUUACAUUACGUUGGUCCUUUUGAGUUUCGGUUACAGAACGAAGGUAACACUCCUCGCAACAUCUUGGAGGAGAUCGUAUGGCACAAGGAUAAAGAAGUUACUCAGAUGAAGGAGAAGAGACCUCUCUAUACUCUGAAGAAGGCUCUUGAAAAUGUUUCUCCUCCUAGAGACUUCAUUGGUGCUCUUAGAUCUGCUCAUCAAAGAACAGGUCUUCCUGGUUUAAUUGCUGAGGUGAAGAAAGCUUCUCCAAGCAGAGGUAUCCUGAGAGAGGAUUUUGACCCUGUUGCAAUCGCUCAAGCUUAUGAGAAGGGUGGAGCAGCAUGUCUUAGUGUUUUGACAGAUGAGAAAUACUUCAAGGGAAGCUUUGAGAACCUGGAAGCUAUAAGGAAUGCUGGUGUAGAGUGCCCUUUGCUUUGCAAAGAGUUCAUCAUAGAGGCAUGGCAGAUAUACUAUGGUAGAAGCAAAGGCGCAGACGCAGUUCUCUUGAUUGCUUCCGUGUUACCUGACCUUGACAUCAAAUACAUGAUUAAGAUUUGCAAAAUACUUGGAAUGGCUACACUUGUGGAGGUUCAUGACGAAAGGGAGAUGGAUCGUGUUCUUGCAAUUGAAGGAGUUGAGCUCAUUGGUAUCAACAACCGUAACCUAGAAACAUUUGAGGUUGAUAUUGGUAUCACAAAGAGGCUCCUGGAAGGAGAGCGUGGUGAACUGAUCCGUCAAAAAGACAUCCUUGUGGUUGGAGAAUCAGGGUUAUUCACUCCAGAAGACAUUGCAUUCGUACAAGAAGCCGGUGUUAAAGCAGUUCUAGUUGGUGAAUCUCUUGUUAAACAAAGUGAUCCGGGGCAAGGAAUCAGCGCACUUUUUGGAAGAGAUAUCUCAUCAUGA